CAGAAGCUGAAAAGCAGGGGCAGUGAGUGUUCUAAUUUUAGUUCUUACAAUGCUUCCUCUUUUUAACAUUAGCUACUCAGAAGCUCAGUACAAUUAGGGACAGCACACUACCGUGGAUGCUCACCAGUUAGAGAAAUCUGUAGCUAACUUGUAAACCUUGUAUUAGUGGACAGACUAAAGGAACACCAUCUAUUGUAAAAACAGGUAGGGAUAUUGUCAGUAUCUGUCAUGUGUUUUAUACUAUGUUAUGUUUUAUGUGACCUGGCAAGAGAAUCUAAGUAUUUAUUUAUCUUUCGAGCCUGAUGGGGGGUGGUUUCCUGGAACCAGAUCUAUGGAGAAUCACAAUUGAAAGUGCUAGUUGGUGUGGUUUGCUGCUAUGUUGUAUUGAGACAAUAUGCACUGUUAUGUAGUGGUUGUCAUGUUGGGAGAAGCCUUCAUCAGAGUCUUCAGGUACAGGGAAGAGGAUUGUGACCCCCAUUCCACAAAGGCUCAGGAACGUCCACCACAUCCUGCCCCCAAUAACAUUCUGACCCCAGGUUCAAUGUCAGGAAACAUGGAAGGUCUGGUGCAGUCUGGUCCUAGAGUGACAACCAGGCUCAGUGAUGCCCUCACCAUCCCCAAUAGCCACAGUGACGACUAUGGUGACCUGGAGCUCUAUCGCUCCUGGUGCUGCACCACCUUCUGCAAAGACUACCCCGACCUGCAGCUCAGAGGGGACCAUGUGGGAAACAGGAGCUCAGAGAGCCCGCGGCUGGAGAAGGAGGUGUUCGAAGGACCACUUCUUCAGUCGCAGGACCUGGGAGAGAUGGAGGCCUUGGAACCCACAGGGCCUGUGGAGCCUGGGGUACAGGUGGAGUCCCAGCCCCUGCAGGAUGAGGGUUACCUGGUCAUGGACAGCAGCAUCAUCACCCUGAACAGGGAGCCUCUGUCCAAUUCCAUGCUGAAUGGCUAUCUGGAGAGUAAGCUGCUGGAGGUGUACAGACAGCACAUGCAGGACAGCCUGGCCCGGGGCAGCUCUCCCCUGGCCCAGACCCCUCCCCAGGGCCUCUUACCAGCCCCAGUAAUGCAGCUCAGCCUGCAUCUCUGUCAGGACCAUGGCCUGGACUCCAGUACGGCCCAGAGCAUCGUCAUCCACUACCUUAGCGCCUGCACCGUGGCUAGCUCCCACUUCAGCUCCCCCAACCUGCGCAUCUCCAACCCUGAGCCCAGAAGAAAGGCCACCUGACUGAAACCAGCAGUAGUUCCACUUUGUCUGCCGACUCUAACACACUUGAGAAUGGUCUACAGAUUUGGUUUCGUUUUCUCUAUACUGAAUCUGUAAACUUGGUGGUCAGUUACAUUGCAUUCGGUUCAAGAGGUAAAUUAAAUUGAUAGUUUGGGAAGGAGAUCCCUUCAUUUUGUUGAAUUGUUAGAAGAAAUAUCUUUAGAAAAUGACACAAUGUCCAUAAUAUCUACUUCAUAAAUGCAACCAGUUCCUGUAAUGUAAUACUUGAGACAAUGUCAAGCUUUCAAGUUGAAGGACAAAGAGGAGAAAAACUGUAAGGUGAGGGAUAACUUAGUCCUUGUAAAACAUAUUGGUUCUAGUUUCUGAGAAAUGAUUCCUCACAGAUAUCGCAGAUCUGAAAUUAUAUUUUCAUAACCACAGACUAUUACAAAACAGUAAAAAAUGCUAUUUCGCUAUCUUGGUUGUCAAAAAAAAGUUGGAAAUUAUUGACACCUCCUGUCAUACAUAAACAUUGCAUGUUUA